AAAAGAAAACAGCGACUUGAGGCGACACUUGUUAAUGGCUGUGUUCUUCGAUGCCCAGUGCAUGAACGACACUUAAAACUCAAAAAUCAAAAAUUGAAUAAAGUUCCAAUCUCUUUCGCUUCUUCCUGAUUUGAUCUUUAUUUCUGGGUUUUGAGUUCCCUAUUAUUUUCCCGUUCUGCAACAAUAAAGGUCUCAUUUUUUUCCAGUUUCCCUUUCUUCGACCCACCCAGAAAAAGGGGAAAAACCAAGGGAAAAUGAGAUGGGAAAAGUUGCAGAUAGAAGGUGGUGGUGACGGGCCAGGGAAGAGGUGGGGCCACACAUGCAAUGCCAUUCAAGGAGGGAAGCUUCUCUAUGUCUUUGGUGGCUAUGGAAAAGAUAACUGUCAGACUAACAAAGUUCACGUCUUUGAUACUGUUAAUAGGACAUGGAGCGAACCGGAAAUGAAGGGCGUACCACCUACCCCAAGGGAUAGCCAUAGUUGUACCACCGUUGGUGAUAAUCUCUUCGUAUUUGGGGGCACAGAUGGGAGAAGCCCUCUUGGUGAUUUGCAUAUAUUGGACACCUCAUCAAAUACGUGGAUCUCACCUAGUGUGAGAGGCGAUGGACCAGCACCAAGGGAAGGCCACAGUGCAGCACUUAUUGGGAAAAGGCUCUUCAUCUUUGGUGGAUGCGGAAAAUAUGAUGGUCUCGAGAAGUACUAUGAUGAUGUUUAUAUAUUGAAUACAGAGACAUUUUUAUGGAAACGGGUUGUGCCAUCUGGUGGCCCACCAACAAAGCGAGACAGUCAUACCUGCUCAUCAUGGAAGAACAAAAUUAUUGUGGUCGGUGGUGAAGAUGUGUCCGAUUAUUAUUUGUCAGAUGUUCAUAUAUUGGAUGCAGAUACUCUUCUUUGGUGCAAGUUGAAUACUACUGGCCAGCUAUUGCCACCCCGGGCUGGACAUACAACUGUUGCCUUUGGAAAGUACUUGUUUGUAUUUGGGGGUUUCUCAGAUGGGCAGAAUCUAUAUGAUGAUAUCUAUGUGCUAGAUUUGGAGAGUGGUGCAUGGACCAAGGUAAUUCCUUCCGGUGAGGGUCCUUCUGCAAGAUUUUCCAUGGCUGGAGAAGUCUUGCAUCCAACAAUGGGAGGUGUGCUCGUCUUCAUGGGUGGCUGUAAUAAGAAUCUUGAAGCUUUGGCAGAUAUGUAUUUAUUGCACACGGGGAUUACUACUGAUUUUGAACGAGAAGAAAGGAGGAUGGAGAAACUCUCCUUUAGGAAGCAACUGAGGCUAAAGUGUCAACAAGAAAGUAAUCCACCCUCAUAUCAUUCAGGUCUUUCACCCAUUCAGACUAAUUCUAUCCUUCAGUAUUCUGUCGCAAAUUAUCUCCAACCUAGCCAGCAUGCUUUGUAUUCGAACGAAUACCAAACACGUGGAGGGAAGAAGACAUUUGAGGCCAAGGUUAUGAAAAGGUUUGCAGAUGGAUACACAAUUGAAACUUUUAUUGAUGGCAAGCCCCUUCGUGGAUUAUUGUUUUGCAAUAGGCGACAGAAUGAUAAGGAAAAUGUUGCUGAUUCUGCAAGGAAAAUCACAGCCGUGGAUGGGACAAAGGUAAGUGGUAAUGAAGAUGAUACUGAAGCGAUGGAUUUAACAAAGUCCUCAUCGGAGCAGAAUCUCGAGGAUGUCCAGAUGGUAGAUGGUGAUGUUCCAGUGGAAAAAACGGCAAGUGCAUCUGCUGAAGUACAGAUGCCUUCAGUGAUGGAAACAAAGAAUCUGGAAUCAAUCGAUGCUUCACUUUCCCUUGAGGGCGAGGCAUCAAAGUUUUCAGUGGUACUGGAUGUGAAUUUGGACAGUAAUGGACUAAUAAAUGCCCCAAUCGCCAGUAAUGAUUUCCCCGAGGAUCAUGUUUCCAUGGGAAAGGCUUAAAUUGUGAGCUAAGAUUGCCAGAUUUUUUAUGAGCUCUAGAUCAAUCAUAUCCAGCAGCACACACUUGGAGACCAGAAGGUGAAGAGAUUCUCCUGUAGAUCCUGAUAUUGGGAUUUUGCAGGAUCAAAGACUAACCAUAUUGUACAUUUGAAGAUUCUCCCCAAGUUUCACUUUCCUAACCUGUGCAUUUGCUGUAGCGUGGGAUCCCAGUUCUGUGUUAAGUUAGUUCCAUAUGGCGAAAGAUAGUAGGUUUAGUUUGUUAGCCUGUACUUAGAAAAACAUUGCUCUCCGUCCGAAUGAAAGAGGAUGAGAAGUGUUGUUUAUGAUUUUUGUCACAUGGGUCAAGAGUUGAUGCAGGGGCUUUCUUUUGUGUUCUGGGUAGCCACAUAUGGUGUUUAUGCAUAAAAUUGCUCCUUGCAACUUAGUAUCACGGAUGAAGUGGAAGAUGUGCUUACUGGAGAUGUUAAGCCUCUCUAUGGGCAUUUUUGUUUCAUUUUGUGUACAUUUCUGAAACAACUUCCAUCUCUUGAUGUUUUAGUUAUUUUGUAGCGCAACUUAGUCCUCUGCUAUAUUUUAUUACACGAAUUGCGCUGUCAAAUACUCAUUUUAAUUUAAAUUCAAACUUAAACGAAAUGCAGAGCUUGC